AUGAAUAAUACUCUCAUCAACCUAUCUGCAGAAAUAUUGCAAGCCUUAGACAUUAAGAAAUAUUAAUAAAAAGAUUUGAAUCGAACCACUUAGAGGCUGAGAUAAAGCGAGCUAGGAUAUAAUGAUGGAAGGCCUAUUUGUUUAAAUAAAAUCUACUAAGAGAGAGAGGACGAGGAAGUUUACAAUGAAAUACGAAUGAGGAAGGCAAAGCCCAUGUAUAAAUUAAUGUUUGGCACAGAAUUUCAUAUCAAAGACUUAUCAAACAGAUUGAAAGUGUUGCUAAAAGAGUUGGGUGUUCAUGUUGCAGCUGAAGAUACAAGGGGAUUGAGUAGUCAAAUAACAUUGGCAUUUGUGGAUAUUUUAGAAGAAAUAUACAUUAUAUAUAAGCAAACUGCAAUGCAAGGAGAAGAUGGCUAAUAGUACUUCAUGAAAAGUGUGAUGAAUGUAUUGACUACAUAUAGAGGAUAUGACUUCAUAAUUAUAGAACCCAAUUAUAAUGAAGUUUAGCUUUCAGUACUUUACUCAACAAUGUAUGAGGUGGAUAGUCAAAUAGACAGGAUAAUGGCCUAGACUCUACAUUAGGAAAAUGAUUAAAGUAAACAAAUUAUUGAGUAUGGAACAUUUAAUGAGGACUUUAAAAAUUAUUAAGAUGCUGUGAAUAUGGAACCAUUAAAUUUUGAAUACAAUUGGGAAAUCGAAUAUAAAGAAGAAGAGCAAUAAGAAAUGGAAUAAAUUGAAGUAAUUGAAGAUGCAGGGAUUAUCAAUUAUUUACCAGAAUUUGAUAAGCAAUUUCAUAUAUAUAUAGUGGAAGCAUAGCCAGAAAAAAAUUGGUAAUAAUUGAUAUAUGAAUUAUUAAAAGACUUAUGUGAUAAGAAUUUGUCAAAUUUAGUUUUGGAAUAGAAAUUUUAUGGAAUAUUAAAAAAUAUAUAUGCUGCAUAAUAUUUAUUGAUUCAUAGAAAGGAUAUAGUUAAAUUUUUGAGUAAUAAGAAAUUCUUGGAAUAAUACAAUUAUUAAUAGAAACAAAACAUGAAAAAUAAAGAGACAGCUUCUUCAAAUUAUCAAUUACUUGCUAAAAUUGGGAUAGAUAUUGAUUAGGAAGAAUUGUUGGUACUAAGAAAAUUAGAACUUAAAAGUCUACAAAAAAUAUCGAGUACAUUGUAAGAAGGUUUAAUAGAAUUUGAUCCAGAAUAAUAUACAAGAAUGGAACAAUAAACUUUGCUUAGAUAUUUUCCUACCUCUACAAGAACAGAUAAAUUAGAAUAUCUAUAUAUACGAAUUGAUCCCUUGCCAAAGAAGCCAAUUAAGGAAGAUUCAUUGAUUCCUAUAUAUGAUCUUCCAGAAUGGGCAAGGAAAGCAUUUGAAGGGACAAAACGUCUUAAUGUGAUUCAAUCAUAAAUAUAUCCAAAAGCAUUUUUGACUGAAGAAAAUCUAUUAGUAUGUGCACCUACCGGAGCAGGUAAAACUAAUAUAGCAUUGUUGGCCAUUCUGCAAGAAUUAUCUAAGAGAGUAGAUCAAAAAGAGAAAAGAUUGAAAGAUUAAGAUUUUAAGAUUGUCUAUAUAUCACCAAUGAAAGCAUUGGCUAGUGAAAUUGUUGAAAAAUUCUAAACAAAACUUAGGUAUUUGGGAGUAAAAGUGAAAGAGUUUACAGGAGAUAUGUAAUUAUCGAAGAAAGAAUUGUAAGAAACACAUAUUAUAUUGACAACACCAGAAAAAUGGGAUGUUAUUACUAGAAAAACAAAUUAAAUUAGUGAGCAAUUAAAACUAUUAAUUAUUGAUGAAGUUCAUUUACUUAAUGAUGAUAGAGGUCCAAUAUUAGAAUGUGUUGUUGCUCGUACACUCUAAUAAGUUUAAAGAGCUCAAAGUUAUAUCAGAUUAGUAGGUUUAUCUGCGACACUUCCAAAUUAUUGGGACGUUGCUAUAUUUUUGGAAUGUCAUAAAGAUAGUGUGUUCUUUUUUGAUCAUACAUUCAGACCAGUACCAUUAUGUCAAAAAUUCAUAGGAUGUAAAGAACCUGUCUAAGCACCUGCUAAGGGAUAAAGAAGAAGAACUAAAAGAGAUAUCCAAAACGAAUAAGCUUAUGAAUUAAUGAAAGAAGUGGUGAAGCAUAACAAGCAAGUUCUCAUCUUUGUGCAUUCUCGUAAAGAGACUGUUAAUUAUGCUAAAUGGAUAGUGGAAAGGGCCACUCGUUUAGGUGAUAAGUAUGUUAUUGGAACAACUAAAAUCAAUUGUACUAAGGUAAAUGAUAAUGAAUUAAAAAAAUUAUUGCCUUAUGGAUUGGCAUUCCAUCAUGCUGGUAUGUUAAGGGCAGAUCGUAAUUCAGUUGAAAGGUUUUUUUUAAGUGGAGAUGCAAGAGUAUUGAUAGCCACAGCCACUUUAGCUUGGGGUGUUAACUUGCCUGCUUUUGCUGUUAUUAUUAAAGGAACAGACAUCUUUGAUGUUACUCGAGCAGACAUGUAGAAUUUAUGUGUUUUGGACGUGUAAUAAAUGUUUGGUAGAGCUGGUAGACCUUAGUUUGAUGAUAAGGGAGAAGCUACCUUGAUAACUGAUUUCGAUAAUGUAGGCCAUUAUAUGGGCAUGUUAAACAACGCCAGCUAUAUUGAAAGCAAAUUAUUAACAUUCCUAAGGGAAGCCUUAAAUGCAGAAAUAGUAUUAGGAAAUAUCACUAAUUAUAAUGAAGCAUAUAAUUGGAUGUGUCAUACAUUCUUAAGUAUCAGAUUAAGAAGAAAUCCUAUGUAUUAUGGUGUUGAAAGGGCAUAUCAUGAUUUGGAAUUAGAUUGUGAUGCUUUAGUGUAAGAAAAGAUUAAUGAGGCUUUGAAAUAGUUGGAUACAUUAAAAUUGGUGAGGUUUGACUCUAGGAAUCAUCUAGUUACAUCGACAGACUUAGGUAGAAUUGCUUCUCAUUAUUAUAUCAAAUGUGAAACCAUGAAGGUUCUAUGUGAUGAAAUGGGUUUGUCCUUUGAUUCAUAGGAGAACUAAAAAUUCCACUUUUAAACUUAAUAUUAAUUGCUUAAGAUUGUGGCUAAAGCCAAAGAAUUUGAGAUGAUUCGAGUCAGACCUGAAGAAACCAAAGAAUUGUAGAAGAUUUAUGAUGAAGCUUGGGUUUUUGAAGAUGAGCCUGACAUUAGAGGGGAAUCUAGCGAUAGUAUUAUAGAAACUUAAGAGAAAGUCAUUGCACUUAUUAGUGCAUAUCUUAUUAAAAUGAAUUUUGAAAAUUAUGCAUUAACAAUGGAUACUAAUAUUAUUAUUUAAAAUGCUAUAAGAUUAUUGAGAUGUAUGUUGGAUAUGGCAAUCAAGAAAAAUCAAGCAUGUAUGGCACUUGAAUUACUGAAACUGUGUAAGAUGAUUGAAAAUAGAAUUUGUCCUCAAUAGAACCCACUCUUUUAAUUUACGAAAUCUUAAGAUGCAUAUAUGCCUAGAGCCUGGUUAGGUGCUGUGGCUGAAUGCGAAUUAGAUGCUUAUUAGAUGAAGUUAGAAAAUGAUGCUGUUUUGGCAAAUUUGUUAUCAAUUCCUGAGAACUUGAUUUCUUAAUUUAAAGCCUACUUAAAUAUGAUACCUGAUUUUGAAAUUGAAUAUACAGUUAAACCAAUCUCUCAAACUAUUUUGUAAUUGAUAGUUUUCAUUACCCCUUAUUUUACAUUCAGUAAUAAAUGGCACUUAAAGAAUGAGCCAUUUUGGAUAUUUGUUGAUGACUCUGAAGAACUACUGCAUUCUGAAGAGUUUUUAAUGGAUAUGGAUACUAUUAUUCAUCAAAAAACUAUGUAAGUAUCCUUUUAUGUGCCAUUUAAUUCAAAAGGAAAGAAAUACCAUUUGACAAUUCAAAGUGAUAGAUGGAUAAUGUUAAAUGAUGAUUAAACUAGUAUGUAGAUUGAACUAUAAAAUGUUUUAUAGGAUAACGAUGAGAUGGAUUUUACAGAGUUAUUUGAUUUGCAACCUUUACCAAUUAAAGUAUUAAACAAUAUUGAAUUUGAACAAUUAUAUGAGUAGUAUAAAUACUUUAAUCCUAUUUAAACUUAAGUGUUUUUUGGGCUCUACAACACUGAUGACAAUAUCCUGAUUGGAGCGCCUACAGGAUCAGGUAAAACAAUAAUGGCUGAGUUCGCAAUGUUACGAGUGUUCAAAUAAUCCCCUUAAUUCAAAAUUGUUUAUAUAGCACCAUUGAAAGCCAUUGCUAAAGAGAGACUAUUAGACUGGACUAAGAGAUUGAAGAAUAUCAAUAAAAAUGUACUUGAAUUAACAGGAGAUUACACCCCUGAUUUAUAAGCACUGUUAAAGGCUCAUGUGUUAAUAACAACACCAGAGAAAUGGGAUGGUAUUAGUAGAAGUUGGAAUAAUAGAGAAUAUGUGAAAUAGACAUGUCUAUUAAUUUUUGAUGAAAUUCAUCUUCUUGGAUAAGAGAGAGGUUAAGUCUUAGAAGUAAUAGUAAGUAGAAUGAACUCAUUAAGUUAUGAUACAAAUAAAAAAACCAGAAUGAUUGGGUUGUCAACAGCAAUGGCAAAUGGAUUGGAUGUGAGUAACUGGUUUGGAGUCAAGAAAGGAAGAUUCUAUAAUUUUAAACCAUCUUGUCGACCUGUCCCUGUCACUAUUCACUUUAAUGGAUUUCCAGAAAGAGCCUAUUGUCCUAGAAUGGCUACUAUGAAUAAACCAGCUUAUCAAGAUAUUAAGAGAUAUAGUGAUGGUAAACCAACCAUCAUUUUUGUAUCUUCUCGUAGACAAACUCGUUUAACAGCUUUGGAUAUUAUAGCUUUGGCUAUGUAAGAAGGCAAUGAAAAACAAUAUAUAUAAACAACUGAGUAAGAAUUAGCUUAAGUGUGUAACAAAGUUGAUGAUGCAUAAUUAAAAUAAGUCUUGUUAUAUGGAGUUGGAAUUCAUCAUUCAGGACUUGAUAAAAAUGAUAGAAAUAUAGUCGAAAAUCUAUUCGUUUAAGGAAAGAUUCAAUUAUUGAUAGCUACAUCUACCUUAGCUUGGGGAGUGAACUUCCCUGCUAGAUUGGUUAUAGUUAAAGGUACUGAAUUUUUUGAUCCAAAAUUAAAGAAAUAUGUAGAUUUUCCUGUUACAGAUCUAUUAUAAAUGAUAGGAAGAGCUGGUAGACCUUAAUAUGAUACUUUUGCUACUGCUUGUGUCUAUGUGGAAUAAAGCAAGAAGAAUUUCUAUCGUAAAUAUCUAAACUCUCCUUUCCCUAUUGAAUCAAGUUUACUCUAAGGCAUUUCAGAUCAUAUUAAUGCUGAAAUCUCAUCUGGAGUGGUUAAAAACAACUAAACAUUUAUAGAUUGGAUUACUUGGACAUACUUCUUCAGAAGAUUAAUCAAAAAUCCCACUUUCUAUGAUUGUCCUACCACAAAUACUAAAGAGAUCUAAUUAUAUUUGAAUAAACUAAUUGCUAAUACUAUCAGUGAAUUAGUUUCAUCAAAUUGUAUUACUUAACAAGAUGGAUAAUAUGAAUCAACAUUCUUGGGUAAUCUAGCUGCAUUUUAUUAUCUUAAACACACUACUUUAAAGCAUUUUGAUGAUAGAAUUUAAAAACAGAGCAAUUUUGAAGAUUUAUUACAUACUUUAGCAUAUUCUAGUGAAUUCAAUGAAGUACCUGUUAGACAUAAUGAAGAACAUUUAAAUGAAGCCUUAUCCAAAUUAUGCAAGUUGAAAUAUGACAAACACAAAAUGAACCAUCCUAAUGAAAAAGCUUACCUAUUGCUUUAAGCUCACAUUUUCAGAUUAAAAUGUCCUCUUAAAGAUUUUGAGACAGAUCAAAAACUUAUUUUAGAUUAAUGUAUUAGAAUCAUAGGCUGUAUGAUUGAAGUAUCUGCCAGUAAAGGAUAUCUUCAAACUACACUUAAUAUUAUAUAUAUGUUAUAAACGAUUGUUUAAGGUUUUGUCAAAAACGAAGAGUAGAUUCUAAUGAAUUUACCUCAUUUGCACAAACUUAAACAUGAGUAAUGCAUAAAUAGAGUUAGGAAUAUCAAAGACUUAUUGUAGUUUUAUAAUCUGAGGGAAUUUGAUAGUUUCCUAUAAAAUAAUGUUCAUCAUAAAGAAGGCAUUUCUGAAAUUAUGAAAGCUAUAAAUGCAUUACCUGAUAUUUAAUUAGCUUUCACUAAAACUGAAAACUAACUAAAAGUCAAUCUCAAAAAUGAAAGCACACCUGACAACAAAGUUUAUAUUUAGAAGCUUAAUAAACAAAGAGAAGCUUCCUGGUGGCUAAUCCUUGGAGAAGAUGAUCGAAUUGUUUAAAUGAAAAAGGUUUACUUAAAGAGUACUGCUAGCAAAGACCUUGAUGUUGAGGGUUGGACUAGACAUUACAAAUUGUACUUGAUGUCAGAUUCGUAUUUGGGGUUGGAUUAGAUUAUUGAUAUUAAAUGA